AUGGAACAAAGAGAAAACAUCAGUGAUAAGAGUAAAACAGGAGUCUUCACUGAGCCAUCCUAUGCAAAGUCUGAUGAAAUUGACUGUGUUGAUACUCUGUUCGGUGAACUUGCAGAGGGCGUCAACUGCUCUGUUUCAGGCCAGGCAUGUUCCAUAAAUGUCUCAGAAUUCAAGUUUCCAGAUGAAAGCUUAGCUUGUUUCAGUUCAUCACUAGAUGCAGAACUUGAAACUUACAAUAAAAUAAGAGAGAGGAUUUCCAAAGUGUAUGAAGACAAAAGUGAAGCUGGUAUGUUGGGAAAGGUCUGCAACAAUAUACAUUUCAGUUACAAGGAGAGUGACGACAAACCCAAGAGUGAUGUAGAUGAAGACUCACAACUAGAGUAUCACAGUGCUGAAGAGCAAGAUUAUUCUGGUCAAAAUACCUCAUAUAUGCCUUUUGCGCAAAUUAAAACUCCAAGGACACAAAAUUCAGAAGCUCUGGAGUUGGUAGAGCCACUUUAUGAAGUUAUAUGUGAUGGAGCCAAAGGUGGGCAAAAUCCUGUUAGCAAAUUAGGUGAUGGUUCUUUUGCCUUGGAUUAUGGUGCUGUUGAUGAGUUUUAUAAUAAAGCAGCUAUAUCAGAAUUCUCAAAAACAUCUCAGGACUUCAUAUCACUGAUGGAUUACAAAGGCCUGAAAUGUGAAAAUCAUGAAGAGGAACAAACUGAAGCUACAUAUCAUAGUAAACUUGGUGAAAAUUCCUUUGAAAGUGAUACUGUUGUGAAUAGAGAAAGGGCUUAUCAAAAAUCACUCUCCAUGAGCAGUUCAGAAAAUCAACAAAAGAUGGAGGCUGUUUCUUUUUGUGAUGUUGCACAGUCAUCACAAAUGGCUAUAAAAAAAGGGUUUAAAAUGAAAGAUACUAACAGCAUGUUGCAGAAGCAUGGAAAUACUUGUGUAUUACCACGGGAAAGACCUUCUGUGACAUCCACACAGAUUUCUAGCAAAAAUGCAGACGAUUCAAUUUCUUGUAGUUGUGAAGAAUCAUUUUUGUCUGCAUUUAAUUCUGUUUGUCAUGAUUGCAGCCAGAAGACUGUUGAAAGGAAACCAGAUUUUUCUUUUGCACUUCCCAGAAUUCCAAUGAAAGAUGGUCAUUUGUCUUGUGUGGAAGUUCUAGAUAAGUAUGCUGGUAAUAGUACCAGACAUCAAGUAGAUUUUCCUGACUCAGAAAUCAAGUGCCUCACAUGCUUGAAUAAUGCUACAAGUAAUAAUAAAGUUACAGUUAACCAGACUGUUGAUGCAAGUUCUGAUUUUAGGGCUUGUUUCACUACAAGCAGAGCUACUAGUGCUAAUGCUUCUGUGGUAUCUAAAGCAAACAACACAAAGUUAACAAUGAUGAACAAAAUCAAGUCUGAAGAAUGGCAGAGUGAGACCUGUAGAAGUAUUGCCUGCAAUACAGAUUUGUCAUGUGUAGGUGGCAGUAUGGAGCAGAUUGCCUCAUGGCUUGCUGAGACAUGGGAAAAUUGUAUCUACAGUGAAAUCCCAACAACUGAAUGGAAUUCGCAAAUUAAGGAUCCUUUGGAGUUGAAAAAUAAGUUGAGUGUCAGAGAUUUAAAAGAAAAUCCUGACAGGAUGUUGCAUCUUAGCAAAGAAAUUGAGAAGAAUUAUUCAUCAAACUGUUGUAGGAUGUUGCUGCAGAGAGCUAUAAAAGCAGAAUUGCAGCUUCUAAGAACUCACUAUUGGAUGUGUCAUCAGCACUGCUGGAAGAUUUACAGACUUGUUAUGGAAGAAAGAGAAUGUUUUAACAGGAAUUUUAAAAGUGACAUUUCCAAGACUGAACUAGGGUCAUCUUUGUUGUCUGUUUUUGAAGAACUGAAGGCUAGGUAUGAAAGCAUGAGAGAAAAAUUAGUCAUGGGUAUACCAUUGGAUUCACUGCCCCCAUUAUCAGUAGAGUCAAAAUUGCUCUCGAUCUUUUCUUCUUAUGUUCCUUCAAAGUUAGUGAAAGACGACCUUCUGUAUAAUUCUAGUUCUGCGGCAGAAAAAUCAGGCUUGGAAAUGUCAAAACAUCAAGAGAGAGAAAUUUCCUCCAGCCUGAAAAGAACACCACCUUUAGUCACUCCUCAAAUGUGUGUAACUGACAACAGGCAGCAUAAGCAAUAUCCUUCCUACAAGAACUUUGAAAUAAAGUAUGAGGCUCAAGAUAUAGAAAGGGACUGCAGAAAAAAUCAAGAAAUAAAUGAAGACUGGUUUGAUGCUAAAGAGAACUUUACAGUGACUGAUUUUUCAGUAACACUUCUAGGGAAUGAAAAAGAACAAGAAAAGCUAGAGAAGGUCAUUAGUACAAGAGAAAUAAAGAUGGUGAAGAAUACAAAAAGUGAGCCAAAUAAGCAUUAUUUUAUUCAUGUUGGUGGCUUAAGUCCUUCAGUAUCAGAGGUUGAUCUAAGGUCUCAUUUCCAGAAGUAUCAGGUUUUGGAGGUUUCAAUAUGUGAGUUUUCUAGUAACUACAGGUAUGCAUCUCUGAGUUUUAAAAAAGCUAGUAAAGCAAAAUUGGCUGUGGACGAAAUGAAUGGGAAAGAAAUAAAAGGAAAAGCAGUAAAUGUUCGUCUUGUAAAAACUGCAGGAGAAAAUAUACUUCCAGCUUUUCAAAAAGUUUCCAGACCACUUCACUAUGAAAACCAAGCCACUGAUAAUUUGGAAGAAAAUAUUCAAGUCAGAACUACCUGCUCUGUCCCGGACUCUUUGAAAGUGCCUUCCACCACCUCAACCUCUUUGAAAGUGCUUUCCCCUCCCUCAGUUUCUUCAGCAAUGCCUGCCCCUACCCUGGCCUUUUCAAAAGUGCUCAGCUCUGAUUUAAAACCACUUAGACAUGAAUCAGGACACCUUUUAUUCUCAGUUGAUCAACAGAGUACAAGAGAGAAUCCUCUGCAGAUAAAACCUGUUCAGUUCUCUCCUAAUCCAUCUGCUACCUUUAUACCUCCUAACACAUUGAACUUGAGCAGCUUUACCAAAUUGAUGAAGAAAUUAGAAGAACUGCAUCCCAAGGCUAGUAGAGAUAAUAUUGUGGAUGCUUUGCUGGAGGUCAGAACAAAUAAUAAAGGUUUCCUAAGUGGCUUGUCUAUUAAUGUUAUUGUGGAAAUGGCUUCCUCUGUUCUGAAGAAAUCUGCAUCCAAAUGUGAGGAAAAAGUAGCAUAAACAGCGUUGCUAGCAUGGAUGCAGAAAAGACCAAGAGAACCAGUGUGGAAAAGUGCUUGUUUUUUUUAAUAAUUUUUAGUUUUAUUUACAAAACAUUUGUAAUACUUGAAAGCCCUGAAAUGUGUUGUGUUCAAGCGGAUGAGCAUUCUCAAAAUACUAUUUUAUAAACUUUCCUUUGUAAUUUUUUGUUCCACUCGUGAAAAGGUAGUC